AUGCAUACUUUUGAUGAUUGGGGUUUGGUGAUUGAACGAUGGACUGAGAAACCUCUGCCGGGUUACCUUCAAUAUGUGUCAAUUUGGGUCAGUAUCAGCAACAUCCCAGUUAACCCCUACACCAAGAGAGCUAUUUCCGAUUUCGGAGAUCCCAUCGGCCAUGUCGAAGAAGUUGCUAUCGAUCCAGAUAAACCUCAAUCUCAAGACUAUGUCAGGGUUAAUAUCCACUUUCAUGUCUCCAAACCAUUGAAGAAAUCAAGAGUUCUAAAUCUUCCGGGUGGUGGUCAAACAACAAUCUUUUACUACUAUGAAAAAGUCAAGAAGCGUUGCUAUCAUUGUGAAAGACUAACGCAUGCAAAGGAUAGAUGCCCUUUCCUGGAACAUGCACAAAGCUCAGAUCAAGUUGGUAUCAAUCCCUUAUCUGGCCGUCCACAGAUUGCCCCUGAAAUUCUUCAAGAAAUGCGUAACUACCUCCUUGCUUCAAGCUCUGAAGAUAUACAUGUCCGUGAACAGCGAGUAAUCGCCUCAGUUAAAGAAGCCGAGAAGAAUCCUAUCACUCAAAGAAAGGUUCUGCAACUCACUCCCCCUCUGGUAUUCACUUCAGACAUCAACAAAGGCAAAGGAGUUGUCUUUAGCUAUGAUAAAGAAGACAAGCUUAACAAUCCUCUUAUCUCAAUCUCUAAGCCAAAGCUUAUGGCCUCAGCAAUAUCUCCAGGACAGUCUCUUUUCAACUCUACAACCAAUUUCUAA